AACGACAACCUUAAUAAACCGAAGAAUGGAUCAAGAUAAUAGUGAUAAAGAAAGCGAAUUAUCGCGCGGCAGUAAGAAAAUUCAAAUGAAAGAUCCCCCCGUUGGUAUACUGCGCACGGAAUCGUGGAAAUCGAGACCUUCAUCAAGCGAAUUUCGUUACUUAUCUCAGGUUGAACCAACAUCUCCUCAACCUUCGGUAGAUCGCCUUUCGGUAACUUUUGCCGAAGAUUCUCAAAAAAGUGAAAUCGCAAAGAAAACUUUUUUUAAUCAAAAUUUUUCCGACCCUCCUAAAAUGGAUAAAGUGCACUUUCCUUCUGUAACUGACGGUGAAAUUACGGAUGAAGAUGAAGAUUAUUCCAUUACUUUAACCGCGAUUAUGCAAAGAAAAGCUUCAACUAAGAAAUCAAGAAGGAAAAGUACUCGAAGAACUUCUUCGUCUUUUAGUCCGGAUAUUCUCCCGGGAACGGAAAGUGAGCGAAGACGAUCUUCUUGUUAUACCACGAGUUCUGGGGAUACAGCGAUAUCGGUUGAGGAUAAUCCAAACCCGGAGGUAACUCAAGACCAAAUUUUCGAAAAUAUACGUCUUCAUAAAGAAGUUUUAAGUCACGUUAAAAUGCAACCUUGGCCGAUGAGGAAGAAAUUACGAUUGGUUAUAACCGCGAAGAAUUACAUCAAAAGACACGAAGGAGCUCUUCAAGAAAGAUUCGCCCAAAGUCAUUCAACAAAAGAUAUGUUAGCGAGAUUUAAUAUUUAUUUAAUAAAGAAAAUGCAACGAGCAAAACGCGAAGCUGCCAAUUUAUCAACUUGGUUAAUUCCUUGGGAAUUGAGGAUAAAAGAAAUUGAGUCUCAUUUCGGUUCAGUUGUGGCGUCAUACUUUACUUUUCUUCGAUGGCUAUUUUGGGUUAAUUUGGUUACUUCAGUGAUUUUAAUUGCUUUUGUUACAGUUCCUGAGUUAUUAACGGCAGAUCAAAAAGCGGCUGGCGAUAGAAAGUUAAUAUUAAAAGAAGAUAAAUACAACGCCACCAAUUUUUUAACUUUAUGGGAUUUUGAGGGAAUUUUAAAAUACUCGCCGUUAUUUUACGGUUGGUACACCAAUAAAGACAUAAAGGAUAAAGGUUAUAGGUUACCAUUAGCUUAUUUUAUGACUGGAUUAGCCGUUUACGUUUAUAGUUUCGUUGCUACAUUGAGAAAAAUGGCGGAAAAUUCAAGGACUUCGAAAUUAUCCGAAAAAGAAGACGAGUGUAUUUUUAGUUGGAAAGUUUUUACCAGCUGGGAUUACAUGAUUGGUAAUCCUGAGACUGCAGCAAAUAGAGUUGCUUCUAUUGUCAUGGGAUUUAAGGAAGCUUUAUUAGAAGAAGCUGAAAAAAAGAAAAAUAAUAAAAAUUGGAAAAUAGUUUUAUUUCGAGUAUUUGUAAACAUAACAGUUUGUGGCCUUUUAAUCGCCUCGGCUUAUGCAGUUGUCGAAGUUGUAAGGCGUUCAAUGGAACCCGAAGCGAAAGAUAACUUUUGGCGAAUGAACGAAAUCACGAUCGUAAUGACUUUGAUAUCGACAUCUUUUCCAAUGAUUUUCGAAGUUCUCGGCAUUUGCGAACAAUAUCACCCGAGGAAACAACUCAGAUUACAAUUGGCUAGAAUUAUGAUGUUAAAUCUUUUGAAUUUGUAUUCGUUAAUCAUUGCCAAUUUCGAAAAAAUCACCGAAAUGGAAAAGCAAUCCCAUGAUUUUAAACCGAAUGAAACUGUUAUUAAUAAAACAAAUUGUUACAAUUCUUGUAUGAGUAUUGGUUAUGGAUUUACACCGUUAUUAGUUAGUUUGCCUCUUAUUUCAAAUUUACUCCUUGAAAAUAAUACCACAACAGAAAAUAUAACAGAACAUUAUGUUUUUAAUGAAACUUUUUUGACCGAAAAUGUUUUAAGUAAUGAAACUUGGAAUCCAUACGAAAAUAUAACAAUCGAUUAUAGUGAUGUGUCAAGUCUUUUAGAUAACAAAUUUGAUUUCGAUAAUAUAUCACUUUGGACUAACUCAACUGAUUUAAUCGAAACGACAACGAAUGAUAUUUACAACUCAACUGAAAACGAAACGAUCUUUUUAAAUGAAUACUUUACCACUUACCCAACAGAAAACAACUUCACUCUUAAUAAGAACUUUACAGAACCACCAGAUUUAACAGCAUUAAAAAACCUUACGACAAUCCCACCAAUUAAUUGCACCACUUUUUGUAGAAACACCUCAGAUUUAAAUUUAACAAAUAAUAUUGGAAGGUAUUUAGAAUCUUUAGAUUACUCUAAUCGUACUAAAUUAAGAAGUUUGUGUUGGGAAACAAUGUUCGGCCAAGAAUUGGUUAAGUUAACUGUUAUGGAUCUAGUAAUGAACAUCGUUUCCACGUUAGCUAUGGACUUUUUCCGUGGAGUAUUCGUUCGUGUUAUGAAUAAAUGUUGGUGUUGGGACUUGGAAAAGAAAUUUCCGCAAUAUGGCGAUUUUAAAGUAGCCGAAAACAUUCUCCAUUUAGUUAAUAACCAAGGAAUGGUGUGGAUGGGAAUGUUUUUUAGCCCGGGAAUCGUGCUUUUAAAUGUGAUUAAAUUAUAUUUAAUGGUUUAUUUCCGAUCGUGGAUAGUGCUAACUUGUAACGUUCCCCACAAAGUUGUUUUUAGAGCUUCUAGAUCAAACAAUUUUUAUUACGCCUUAUUAUUAUCGAUGUUAUUUUUAUGCGUUCUUCCUGUUGGAUACGCCAUUGUCUGGAUACAUCCUUCAUUUCAUUGCGGACCAUUCUCAAACUACCGGCAAAUCUUUCAUAUUUUCACCAAAACAUUGAAAUCUUUGUUACCAAAAAGUUUUCAUCGAAUCCUCGAUUACAUCGCUUCGCCGGGAAUUGUUAUUCCCCUCUUAGUUUUACUCAUCCUUAUAAUUUAUUACUUAAUUUCUUUAACCGAUGCUCUAAGAGAAGCAAAUAACGACUUAAAGAUUCAAUUACGGAGGGAAAGAACCGAAGAAAGAAGAAAAAUGUUUCAAAUCGUUGAUCGUAGACGAAGAGUUGGUUCAUUGGGUUCUGGGGAAAUUGGCCACAAUCCUUUCGGCAAAUGGAAAAAGUUACUUAACGCAUUACCAAGUGGUAAAAGUUUCGAUGAAACUCCAAAAUUAGAAUCCGACGAAAUCGUUCAAAAACAAAAAGAAGAGAAACCAAGGGCUUUUAUCAGUAAACUCAUUAAAAAAGCUUUAAGAAAACCAAUUUCCGAAGACGAAGAUGGCACGGACAACGAACAACACGAUUCUUUACCAGAAGAUGGAAAAGAAGUUAAACCCCAAGUUCCAACGAAGUCUGCGUUUAAGAUGCAAGAUACUAAAGUGAGAAAUGUCGUUAAAUCGGGCGUUUCAAGGAAAAAUUCGGAUGUACGAAAAGUGGAAUCGCCAAAAAAAAGUUUUAAUUUACGAAAUGUUAGGCAAGAUUCGAUCGCUUCUAAUUGGAGCGAUAACAUCCCGGUUAUCACCAUCAGUAAAACGGAAAGUUUGGAGAACGUUCUUGACUUAAAACAAGAAGAAGAUGAUCUCAAAAUUGUUGCAGACGAAGAAGUUAAAAAAGAUGAUGAUAAGCUACGAGAAUUCGAUGAAAUAGAUGUUGGAAUUAACGAUUCAAAGAUAAGUGAUGAUAAAGAGAAGAAAUAUGAUGAAAAUAAACCGGAGAUUGUUACAAUUAAUUCUGAAACGAAAACUGAAUCAAGCACAGAUUAUAAAGAGUUAGUUUUAUAAAUUUUGAAAUAUGUAAAAUUCGUUUUAAGUCUUUUGUCUUAUUCAAUAUUGUAAUGUUAAAAAAUUUGAAAAAUAAAGUACUAAUAGAACUCCA